AUGUAUAACGGCAUUGGUCUGAAUACACCCCGUGGUUCAGGAACGAAUGGUUACGUUGUUCGUAACUUAUCGCAUGUGCGACCGCCCAGAAUUGACAAAUUCCAAGAUUCGUCAGUCAACGAUCUCAAAGCUGAUCGCCCUACGUUCAGAGCUCCCAACAAGGACAUUUUGCUUCAUGAUCGUAAAAGAAAGGUUGAAGUCAAGUGCAUGGAGCUCCGGAUCAAGCUCGAAGAUGACGGUGUCGAUGCAGACGAAGUCGAGACCAAAGUCCAAGAGCUUCGUGAAUCCUUAUUGAACAACUUUGAAGAAGUCCAACCCAGAGAUGCUAAAAGUUUGCAAGAGCAUGAGACUCACCAACGUAACGCUGCAAAGGAGCAGGAAAACAAGAAAAUGAUGCGAGCGUUAAAUAUUGACAGUGAAUCAUACGUUGAAGGUGCAGCUUUUGACCAGGAGCUUCAGGAAAAGAAAAGGCAAGAACGUAUUGCCAAAAUGGAAGAAGAAAGGGAGAGAAGACAAAAACUUCUGGAGAAGCGAACAAGACGUGAGCGCAGUCCAAGUCCACGACGUAGCAGCAGCAGAAGAGAUGAAGAAAAGCGAGACAAAAGAAGACGUACUACCACUUCACGCCGAAGAUCACCAAGUCCUACAUCAUCAUCACCUGAUGCUUCGUCCGGGUCUGAAGACGACAGAAGAAGAAGAAGAACAAAGGCCAGCAGCAGCAGACGACACAGAUCUCCUAGUCGUAGCAACAGCAGUCAUAGUGACAGCGACCGUGGUAGCAGAAGAAGCUAUCGUCGCGACGAUCGCCAGCAAUCCUCCCGCAGUAGCCGCCGUCGAUCACCAAGCUACAGUGCAUCAGAAAGCGAAAAUGACCGUCAUCGAAAGUAUAGCAGCAGCCGUCGUUCUCGUCGUACGUCAGUCAGCAGUGCUUCUAGUGUGGAUCGGGAAAGAGGAAGAGGAGACCGUCGUCGAAGAGCUCGGAGUGCGAGCGUCAGUGAUAGCGGCAGCGGUAGUGAAAGUGAUUAA